AAUCGGAUUUUCUUUAGAACAGCUGUUUAUUACUUAUUUUUUAUUUAUUUAACCUUUUUUGUUUAUUAAUCUAAGCUAACGUACAGAAACUGGAAAUCAGAAUGAGUUGAUUGAUAAAGUGAAAAAUCCCAUAACUACGUCAUUUAUAAAUACACUUGAAAAACCCAAGAAGAGAACUUUAUAAAACUGAGGACUGAAGAAAGUUCCUGGUUGUACUUUGUACUAUCGUUAUCGUUAUAAGAAUUAAAAUGUUUAGAAAUUUGUUAAAAUUAUGUAAAAGCAACCACAGGCUAAAUAGACAGGUUUGCAGUUGCAGAAAUUUUACGAAAACAAUAAUGGCGAGUGGAAAUGAUAAAUUUGCCUUGCCUGCUGCGUAUGCACAAAGUCAAACGAAUGUUUGGGUGGAAUAUGUUCAACUGGCCAUGAAAUAUAAACCAUUAAAUAUUGGGCAAGGCUUUCCAGAUUUUGCAGCCCCAAAAUAUGUCUCCGAUGCAUUAUGUGAUGUUGCACGUAGUGAUAACCCUCUUUUUCAGCAGUAUACAAGGGGUUUUGGGCAUAUGAGAUUGGUCAAUGCUUUAUCAAAACUAUAUUCGCCCCUAAUAGGUAGAGAGAUUGAUCCCCAAAAUGAGAUAUUGGUAACUAGUGGCGCAUAUGAAGCUCUUUUCAGUACCAUAAUGGGCCAUGUUGAUCAAGGAGACGAAGUUAUUAUUAUUGAACCAUUCUUCGAUUGUUAUGAACCUAUGGUACUUGCUGCUCGUGGAAUUCCAAGGUUUAUACCGUUGCGAAAAAUGACCCCUACAACAUCUGGUAUAGCUUCUUCAGCAGAAUGGGCCUUAGACACGAAGGAAUUGGAAGGACUAUUUAAUUCAAAAACUAAGGCUAUUAUAAUGAAUACGCCAAACAAUCCUUUGGGUAAAGUUUUUCGCAAGGAUGAAUUGGAAAUUGUCGCCAACCUUUGUAAAAAAUGGAAUGUGCUGUGUAUAUCGGAUGAAGUAUAUGAAUGGAUGGUUUAUAAACCAAACAAACAUGUCCGAAUAGCCACACUUCCGGAUAUGUGGGAGAGGACAAUUACAAUUGGAUCUGCUGGAAAAACAUUUAGUGUAACUGGAUGGAAAACUGGUUGGGCUUACGGUCCUGCUAAAUUGAUGCAUAAUUUACAAAUGGUGCAUCAAAACUGUGUGUAUGUUUGCACAACUCCCAUUCAGGAAGCUGUGGCCCGUGGAUUUGAAUACGAAUUGCCUCGGUUAGGUCAAGACGAUUGCUACUUUGUGUCUUUACCCAGAGAAUUAGAAACGAAACGUGAUUAUAUGGUGAAAUUCCUAUCAGAGACCGGAAUGAAACCCAUUAUUCCUGAAGGUGGCUAUUUUAUUAUGGCAGACUAUUCGCAGCUAGCAAAAAAUUUAGAUUUAAGCACAGAAAAGGAUAAAUAUAAGGAUUACAGAUUUACAAAAUGGAUGACAAAAAAUGUUGGUUUACAGGGUAUUCCAUCAACUGCUUUCUACAGCGAACCAAAUAAGAGCUUAAGUGAAGAUUUUGUUAGGUAUUGUUUUAUCAAAGAAGAUGGAAACUUACAAAAAGCUGCAGAUAUUUUGCUGAAAUGGAAAGCCAGUCAAAAAUAAAUGAUUUGUUUUGUUAAAUGUUAUAUUCCCUUGAGAAAUAAAUUAUUUUCAUGUUA